AUGACUAAGGAGAAUGGAAAGGGAUGGAACGAGGAACUUCCUACAGCUUUGUGGGCUCAUAGAUCAGCCAAGUCACAAGCUAUAAGAGCUUCACCCUUUUCUUUAGUCUAUGGCACAAAUGCUAUUAUCCCAAUAGAUUUAGUAAGGCUAGCAGUGAAACUAGCAGAGAUUGCAGGGAUACCCAAAGAAGCUACUUUGGAAAUUAUGGAAGAAAUGCAUGAUAAUGCUGCCUUUCAUAACCGCCUUUACCAAGCUAAUAUGAAUGCUAGACAUGAAGGCCAAGUUAGGGAAAGAAAGUUUCAAGUGGGAGAACUUGUUUGGAAAACUACCCUGUAUGUGUGA